AUGCCAAAAUAUUUGCAGACAUGCAAUUGUCACUUCCACGAGCAGCGGAAAAGUAGUGGAGGCGAUUUACAAGUGUUAAAUUUAGGUAAAAAUGGUUUGUCGGAAUUGGCCAACACUUUUGUGAAAUUUUUGAAGGCAGAAUUAGGAAUUAAAUCCCCAGCAGUGGUAAACGUUUGCACCGAUUGCCUUCGAGGGUGUAUGAAAAAGCGGGUUUUUACUAAACACAUACCACCAAAUAUUGUUAGAACAAUAGAAAACAAGGUAAGAAAUUUGAGAAAAGCAAUGUGCUAAGACUUAAGUAAAUGUAAAACAUUUAUUUGUAUUUCCCUGGGGCCAGUUGUAUAAUACUCUUAACUUAAGCUAACUGCGUGUUGGAUCACUAGUUAACUGUAAUUGGCUAAAAUUCUCAAUAACUAAAGUUAACAAAUUUCUAUACAACCAGCCCCAGGAACAUAUUUAUCUUUAAUAUUGUUAGAUGUUUCAGAAUUAAACCUGAAAAACCUAAAAAUUGAAACAAUAAAGAAGCAGUAAUAAUUGGUUUGGAAAAUUAUGACCCAUAUGUCCUUAAUAAUUUAGCUUUGAGAGUAUUGCUGCAAAAUCCAAAUCAGGAGGACCAUGAUUUAUCAUUUAAUGUUGUUGUUCCUGCUGAGGAGAAUGCCACUAUUAGUGUAGGUAGCCAGUCCAGCAGUCAGGUUAGUGAAGUAACAAUCACUGUGAGCAGCCCAAGUCAGAAGCUUGAGGACUCAGAACAGUCUGACGAUGUAGGUGUGACUGAGUGGGCAAAAACCUUUAAAGAGAAAGAAAUUCAAACAGAUGACAAUUAUAUAUUUAACUCGAAGGACGACUAUGAAGCACUACUUCAAAGGUGACCUAAACAAAAUAAGUAAUUAUUUUUCAAGUAUUCUUAACCAAUCACCAGAAAUGGAUCCAACUAAAUUUGAGAAAAUCUGCAAGCAAGUUGGAGCAGAAAGCCUAUUCAAUGUUUUAUCGGCUGCCAUGAACACUGAGAGAAUGUAUCUUACAAAACUUAGGACCAUGGUCGUUAUAUAUAUCAUGAUAUACUCACUGUCACAAAAAGCCAACUAGUUUCAGAUCACACUUGCUAGAACACUAAAACAGUUUGGCAUCAGUGAGCAAGGUUUAGCAUCCUUACGAAAUCUUGGAGUUGCUGCACAUCCUCGUACCAUACAAGCUGCAGCACAAUCAUCCGCUACCUUUCAUCUGAAUAUUGUUGCUGAGUUUUUUCAGGAAGUUGUACAAAAUGAACACUUUCUGGUGUUUUGCAUAGAUGAUUAUCAUAACAUCCAUACAAUGCAUCGCCCCGAAGCUAAAACACAAACCCAACAAGUCCAUAUGGCCACAUUGCUGGUCAAAGUAUUUCCAAAGGUUUAA